AAUUCCCGACGGACGCACCCGCCCUCGUAGCCCUCGUAGUCGUCUCGCUCCGUAUCUACAAUCCAGACGGCCCAGCGACCAUGGCGAGCCCCCCGGAACAGAGCUCGACCAAACUUGCAGACACCAAAACCCAGAGUAUCGUCGAUACCAAAGAUGUUACUGCUCUCGGGUCAUCCCCGUCGGCUAGCGAAGACUCCGGUUCAGACGAGGAAUUCGAGGAGGACCUGGUCAAGAACCCCUUCCUCAACCCAGAUGUUGCAGCACACUGGCGACAAGUGUACGAAGACGCCCAAUACGAGUCCCGCCAUGCGUUUGAUCCCACCUUGACAUGGACGGAGGAGGAGGAGAAACGGGUGCUCCGCAAGCUGGACUGGCGGAUUUGCACAUGGGCGUGUGUCAUGUUCUUUGCAUUACAAGUGGACCGUGGCAACAUCCAGCAGGCGUUGGCAGAUAAUAUGCUUGACGACCUUGGGCUCACCACAAAUGAUUACAACUACGGCAUGGUCGUGUUUCUCAUUUGCUUCCUGUUAGCUGAGUUGCCGUCUCAGUUAGUAUCCAAGAAACUGGGACCCGAUCGAUGGAUCCCAAUCCAAAUCGUGCUCUGGUCGGUGGUGGCCAUCACGCAGUGUGCCAUCACGGGCCGAUCAGGUUUCCUUGCGACACGCGCGCUUCUCGGCUUGCUCGAGGGAGGGUUCAUUCCGGAUAUUGUGCUCUGGCUGUCAUACUUUUACACGUCUCGCGAGUUGCCUAUCCGACUGAGUUAUUUCUGGACAACCCUGUCGUUGACAACAAUCACUACUUCACUCCUAGCCUUUGCUCUCCUGCACCUGCGUGGAGUCAACGGCUGGGCGGGCUGGCGGUGGCUGUUCCUCGUUGAAGGGCUCAUCACUUUGCUAGUCGGACUCGCCUCCUUUUUCAACAUGCCUGCCUCGGCCGUGCAGACCAAGGCAUGGUUUCGCCCUAAGGGAUGGUUCAACGACAAGGAAGUGGCUAUUGUAGUCAACCGCGUGCUCAGGGAUGACCCCUCCAAAGGCGACAUGCACAACCGCGAGGCCAUUACCCCUCGCCGUCUCUGGGAGGUUUUGAAGGAGUACGACUUGUGGCCAAUGUAUGCCAUCGGCAUCGUUGCGUUUAUCCCGCAGGGCCCUGUGAACGCCUAUUUGACCCUGACGCUCAGAUCGCUGGGGUUCAACCCCUUUACCACCAAUCUCCUGACGAUCCCCUCGACGGUAUUCCAUAUUAUCACCCUGCUCAUCGUGACUCGGAUCUCCGAGUGGCUCAACCAGCGAGCGUAUGUCGCCAUCUGGCAGAACCUGUGGACGCUGCCCUGCAUCAUCGCCCUCCGGUUCUGGCCGGGCGUGAUUAACGAUUCGUGGGGUACUUACGCCCUUAUCACCGUCCUGUUAUCCUACCCCUACUGCCACGCAAUCAACGUCGCAUGGGUCUCCAAGAACGCCAACAACGUCGGCACCCGCACCGUGGCCUCCGCUCUUUACAACAUAUCCGUCCAAAUCGGGCACGUCGCCUACUCCUUCAUCUACGUCGAGUCGGACAAGCCUUACUACCGGGACGGCAACACUAAGCUGCUGGCCAUCAACCUGCUGUCCAUCUGUGUCUUCCUGGCGGCCAAGGCCUACUACGUCUACCGCAACCAGUACAAGGCGGCCGUGUGGGCGAGCAUGAGCGAGGCGGAGCGCGCCGACUACGUCCGCACGAGCGAUGCGAAGGGGUGUAAGCGGUUGGAUUUUAGGUUUGCGCAUUGAUGUACCUGCUACCUGCCUGGGUAAGGCGGGGGUUGGGUGGUGACGAAAGUAUGGUUACUUACCUAUCUAGAUACCUGCCUAGGUGGGUUAACGUUGGAGCUGCAGUGUGGCGUGUCAUGGUAGAGCAAAAGCCAUGCGAAGUAAUGGAAGAUUCUUAUG